AUGACCUUCGAGGUUUCGGGACGGACAUGUGCCACAAGACCGCUGUCAGCAUCUUCCUCAGCCCGCGCAAGGAACCGAAGGCUUGCAGAUUCCGCCCAAGGCAAUACCGAAACCACUCCCUUGGACGACAAACGCUUUCUCUCUGCCAGAAACUCGGACGGCAAAGACGAUUCACUUGCCAUGCCAAAAAUGGGAUGUUCUGGAAUGCGCUUUGGUCGUAAUUUCUCGAGAAAGAACUGUGAAAAGCCUACUGAGGAAGAGCUUUGGACACCGAAUCCGAGACUGGUCAGCGAGGAGUUCAUGUCUAGGAAACCGGGAGAGUUUAAACCGGCUACGACGUUGAAUUUGCUCGCGGCUGCUUGGAUACAGUUCCAGGUUCACGAUUGGGUGUUUCAUGAGAGCAGCGAGGAGACAUACGAUGUGCCCCUUCUCCCGAACGAUAACUGGCAUGAAGAUCAUAUGAAGGUCUACCGCACCAAACCUGACGGGGCGCUCGACGCAUCAGACAUCAAAUGUCCCGGCUACAAAAACACUUCGACUGCCUGGUGGGAUGGCUCACAGAUCUACGGCUCAAACGAAGCAAAGACCAAAGAAUUGAGAGACCAACACGAAGACGGUAAACUGCUUCUCGAAACAAGAGGUGCUGAACAAACCUUCCUUCCACGCGAUGUCGAAGGCAAUCCCAAGACUGGCUUCUCGGACAACUGGUGGACUGGUACGGAGUUGCUACAUACCCUUUUCGCUCUAGAGCACAAUGCUAUCUGUGAUGAGAUACGUGGAGCACAUUCCGAUUGGACUGGUGACAAGAUCUUUGACAAAGCUCGACUCGUAAAUUGUGCCUUGAUGGCCAAAAUUCACACAGUAGAAUGGACGCCCGCCAUCCUAGCACAUCCUACUUUGGAAAUCAGUAUGAACGCAAACUGGUGGGGAAUUGCAGGAGAAAGCUUGAACAAACUCGUAGGCCGGAUCUCAAAGACCAGCGAGGCCAUUAGCGGAAUCCCAGGCUCGACAGUCGACCACCAAGGCAUCCCAUACUCUCUCACCGAAGAAUUUGUAUCCGUAUAUCGAAUGCACUCUCUCAUCCCAGACAACAUCGCCUUCUUCAACCUCCACACCGGCGCCCACAAAACCACAAUUCCAACUGCAGACCUAACUUUCCACUCCGCCAUCACACCCCUGAAGUCAGGAGCUGUAUCCUUCGCAGAUGCUUUUUACUCCUUCUGCAUAAACUACCCCGGCGCAAUCACAAACAACAACUACGCAAACCUCAUGCGCAACCUCCCCACCCCCGACGGUCAAGUCAGAGAUCUAGCAACCAUAGACAUCCUCCGUGAUCGCGAAAGAGGUGUACCCCGUUACUUUCAAUUCCGCAGACUGCUGAGGAUGUCAGUGCCAAAGACAUUUGAGGAACUUACUGGUGGAGACAAGGACCUUGCAAAACGACUUGCACAAGUCUACAAUAACGACAUCGAAACUGUAGAUGCACUGGUAGGCUCACACUCCGAGCCUAUGAUCAAAGGCUUUGGCUUCAGCGAAACUGCUUUCCGCAUCUUUAUCUUGAUGGCUAGCAGGAGACUCAAGAGUGAUAGGUUUAUUGCUGGCCAGUGGAAUGAGGAUAUGUAUACGAAGGAGGGCUUUGCUUGGGUGCAGAAUACCGGCAUGAAGGAUGUGUUGGCCAGACACUUUCCGGAGUUGGCGGCUGUGAUACCGGAGAAGACAAAUGUGUUUGCGCCUUGGGUCAAGGUGCCGGCUUCGAAGGAUUAUACUGGUGUGGAGACGAAUGCUGCUAAGGCUUAA